AUGAUUUCGGCACCGCAUGGCGGUGGUUUGUUUCCAGACAACAUUCCAAAUCGAACACGCGGCUGUUUGAAGAAUUCUACAUGUGUUUGGUCUCAUGACGUAUGUAAUCAAUCGUCGACAGUCAAUUGUCAAAUAACAACCGUUAGAGAUACAAUAACCGAUGAGUUUGCACAAAAUGUGGCGAAACAAUUAGUAGAAAUGUACAAUUUACAUCCAUUUCUAGUUAUUGGCCAAUGGAAUCGAAAAAUAGUUGAUUUCAAUAGAGAAAUAUCGGAAGCAACAUUCAAUCAUCCAGAGGCGAUGAGUGGCUAUCAGAGUUAUCAUCAGUUUUUAUCGGAGGGAAUACGACGAAUUGAGAACCAGUACGGAAAAGGUUUACUUUUAGACAUUCAUGGACAUAUACAAGGUAACUAUACAAUGGUUGGAUAUCUUCUCACGAGUGCAGAUUUAAAUAAUGAAAAUUUUGACAAUGUGCAAACAUCGAUUGAACAACUUCUUCAAUCAUCAACUGAUCGUCGACAAUCUGUGAUAGGUGACAACUCAUUUGGUUCAAUAUUAGAAGAGAAUGACCUGAGCAUUGUUUAUCCGUCGAGAAUGAAUCCAAAACCAGGUCAAAAUCGUUUUUAUGCCGGUGGAUAUAUUACACAGCAUUAUCGAAGUUCUAAAAUGAAUGUUAUUCAAACUGAACUAUCGUAUGAAAUACUUGGCGCUAACGAAGAAAAAGAAUAUGCAAAGAAAUAUGCUCAAUCGGUUUAUCAGUUUAUGGUAAAAAAUAAUUUGUUAGUUAGUCAAUCCUAUUCAAUAUUUGUUUCAUCUAAAAAUGUUUCGUUCAAACGUAUCGUACUUUUGAUGAUGACACAAGUUUUGACGUACUGGCGAAUUUCUAUUAAAAUUUAG